AUGAGGGAAGGGUCUUCCCGGAGGGCCUUGAGGGGGGGAAGCUGCCCCGCGGGUAUCUGGAUUCCAGCUGGGGCCGGAAUGGGGAGGAAGAAAAAGAAAUCGUUUGGUACAGCAUGGAAGGAUGCAACUUCCUCCGUCCCCCUCAGCCAAAUCUCCUCAAUUCUCGCCCCAUCUUCAGCCCCAAUAACAAUCCACACCACCCUUACCCCACCCGUCCACCUCAAAGAUCUCACCACAACCCCAAUUGUCGAACUCGCCAUCCUCCCUUUCCCCAGUGCCCUCCCCUUCGAGCAAAAGUCCUUCAUAGAAAGCUCCCUAUCAAACCUGCGCACCGCAUUGCUAGGCAUCUGUCCCUCUGAUGACGAAGAGGAUGAUCCUACCACGAAGGAGCAUCACCAGCACCAUCAUCAGCAUCAGCACCACCAGCACCAGCACCAGCACCACCACGAGGCGCAAAAGCCCUCCUCAUCGCCAUCACGGACGAAGUUAGCAAAGCAAGGCCCGCCAGGCUGGUUAUCGCUGGGAUGGGUAGAGAGGCCCAGAACGGUGGAGCAUGCCGAUAGCCCCUCCGGGGAGGCGGAGCUGACUAUCCUGGUGAUUGGCUGGGAGAGCAUACAGGAGCAUGAGGCGGCGAUGGGGACGGAUGACUUUGAGAAGGCCUUCGCGCCCGUCAGAGCCAAGAUGUUGCCUGGGAUUAAGGUGUUGGAGAUGAGGUAUGUUAGGUUUGGCGAGGAGGAGGGGAGUCCUCGGACUCGGGGAGAGGAAAGGUGGGGUGGGAAAGGGGAAGGGGAAGGGGAAGGAAGGAGCGUGGGAAAUGAGCAUGUGUGA